AUGGGUUUACAGAACCAACUUACCGAUGUUUCCUCCGAUUCCUUACCAAUUUUCCUACUCGCCGUCAUCGCCAACGGCGUUUGUUACAUCCGCUCACUCGUUUUCACCUUCCUCCACUCAUUAGGAAUCUCUCGCUACCGAUCCGAUGAGGUCGACGACGCUAUGCUGUUCGACGCCGUUGGCUCUGGUUUAGCCGGACUUAUCCUCCUCGCCGAUCAGCUCAACCUAAACCGUGUUUUCUCUUACAAAUACAGCUUGUGUUCAGACCCUCGACCGGAUCCGGCCUCUUCAGAAUGUGUCGUGUGUUUGAACCGCCUCACCGACGGUGAACAAGUCCGGAAGCUAGACUGCCAUCACGUCUUCCAUAAGGAGUGUUUUGACGGAUGGCUUGAUCAUCUCAACUUCAAUUGUCCGCUUUGUAGGUCGCCGUUGGUUUCUGAUGAGCGCGUGGCCAUUACACGCCGCCGUGUGACGGAUGAUGUCGUUGAUUGGUUCUCCUUUAGAUGA